AGAGUGAUACAGCCACCACUGGGGACAGGGACACUCACUGCGCCCAACAGCUUCUUAGUCCUCCAGGGAGUCAGGACAGCGCGCAGCAGGGACAGAGCACUGAGCACUGUCAGCCGUGGCAGCGCGCGCGGCAGGACAAGGGCCAUGUUCCUAGUCUGCCCGCGCUUCUUCCUCCUGGUGGUUCUGGGCACCCGAUGGGCGGGCUGGGGCAGCCACCAGGCAGAGGCCGCGCAGCUAAGGCAGUUCUAUGUGGCUGCUCAAGGCAUCCUCUGGAACUACCAUCCUGAGUCCGCAGAUCCAAGUUUGAAUUCUAUACCUUCCUUCAAGAAAAUUGUCUACAGAGAGUAUGAGCCAUAUUUUAAGAAAGAAAAGCCACGAUCUAGCAACUCAGGACUUCUCGGACCAACUUUAUAUGCUGAAGUUGGCGACACCAUCAAGGUUCACUUUAGAAACAAAGCAGACAAACCUCUAAGCAUCCACCCUCAAGGAAUUAGAUACAGCAAAUUUUCAGAAGGGGCUUCUUACCUGGACCACACAUCCCCGGCUGAGAGGAAGGACGAUGCUGUGGCUGCUGGAGAGGAAUACACCUAUGAAUGGUUCAUCGGUGAGGACAGCGGGCCCACACCUGAUGACCCACCAUGCCUCACCCACAUCUACUACUCCUAUGAAAACCUGACCCAGGAUUUCAACUCAGGCCUGAUUGGGCCUCUGCUCAUCUGCAAGGAAGGCACCCUGACUGAGGAUGGGACUCAGAAGAUGUUUGACAAGCAACACGUGCUUCUGUUUGCUGUAUUUGAUGAAAGCAAGAGCUGGAGCCAGUCACCAGCCCUCAUGUACACAGUCAACGGCUUUGUGAAUAGGACAAUGCCAGAUGUAACAGUCUGUGCCUACGAUCAUGUCAGCUGGCAUCUGAUUGGGAUGAGCUCGGGACCAGAAUUGUUUUCUAUUCACUUCAACGGCCAAGUCCUAGAGCAGAACCAACAUAAAGUGUCCACCGUGACUCUGGUCAGUGCGACAUCUACAACUGCCAACAUGACUAUGAGCCCAGAAGGAAAAUGGAUUGUUUCUUCUCUCAUCCCAAAGCAUUAUCAAGCUGGGAUGCAGGCUUAUAUUGACAUUAAAAACUGCCCAAAGAAAACCAGGAGCUCCAAGACGCUCACCCGAGAGCAGCGGCGGCACAUGAAGAGGUGGGAGUACUUCAUCGCCGCAGAGGAAGUCAUUUGGAACUACGCACCUGUGAUACCCGCAAACAUGGACAAACUAUACAAGUCUCUGCAUUUGGAUAACUUCUCAAACCAAAUUGGAAAACAUUACAAGAAAGUCAUUUACAGAGAAUAUAAAGAUGAGACCUUCACCAAACGCAUCGAGAAUCAAAGUAGCAGACAAAGCGGGAUUUUGGGCCCUAUUAUUAAAGCCCAGGUCAGGGACACACUCAAGAUCGUGUUCAAAAACAUGGCCAGCCGACCGUACAGCAUUUACCCGCAUGGGGUGACCUUCUCUCCUUACGAAGAUGGAGUCAAUUCUUCCUCCACCUCAGGCAGUCACACCAUGAUCAAACCAGUUCAACCAGGAGAAACCUUCACUUACAAAUGGAACAUUCUAGAGUUUGACGAACCCACGGAAAAUGACGCCCAGUGCUUAACAAGGCCAUACUACAGUGAUGUGGAUGUUACAAGGGACAUUGCCUCUGGACUGAUAGGGCUCCUUCUAAUUUGUAAGAGCAGGUCCCUGGACCAGAGAGGCAUACAGAGGGUAGCAGACAUGGAGCAGGAGGUCGUGUUUGCUAUGUUUGAUGAGAACAAGAGCUGGUACAUCGAGGACAACAUCAACAAGUUUUGUGAGAAUCCCGAUGAGGUGAAGCGUGAUGACCCCAAGUUUUAUGAAUCAAACAUCAUGAACACUAUCAAUGGGUACGUGCCUGAGAGCAUAUCCACCCUAGGAUUCUGUUUUGAUGAUGCCGUACAGUGGCACUUCUGCAGUGUGGGAACUCAUGAUGACAUUCUGACCGUCCACUUCACUGGGCACUCAUUCAUCUAUGGGAGGAGGCACGAGGACACCUUGACCCUGUUCCCCAUGAGUGGUGAAUCUGUGACUGUCGUGAUGGAUAAUAUUGGAACUUGGAUGUUGACCACCAUGAGUUCCAAUCCAAGACGCAGAAACCUAAGAUUGAGAUUCAGGGAUGUUAAGUGUAACCGGAAUGAUGAUGACGAUGAAGACUCAUAUGAGAUUUAUCAACCUCUUGAACCUACAUCCAUGACAACUCGGAAAAUUCAUGAUUCUGUGGAAAAUGACUUUGGCAUAGAAAACGAAGAUGAUGAUUACCAGUACGAACUGGCGUCAACACUAGGAAUUAGGUCAUUCAGAAAGUCAUUGUUGAAUCCGAAGGAAGACGAGUUCAAUCUCACUGCUCUCGCUCUAGAAAACAGCUCUGAAUUCAUAUCUCUAAGCACAGACGGAGUUGUUGACUCAAAAUCCUCAAGAAACCUUAGUAAGAUCACCAAUAAUAACCUCAACGACUCUCAAAGAACACUUUCUGGCUCAGGAGCCACCAUAGCUGGUAUCCUACUUGGAAACCUUACUGGCUUAGGUAAGAACUCCGUCCUCAACCCUUCAACAGAAUAUCAUUCCAGCUCAUAUUAUGAAAAUGAUAUGGAAGACCCACAGUCGAACAUCACAGUGGUAUACCUACUUCCUCUUGGUGCAAAAGGAUCAGGGAGUCGAGAACAGACUAAACCUAAAACAAUCAAGACAGGAAGACCCCACAGGAUGAAGCACAGGUUCUCCUGGAUGAAAGCUCCAGCCGGAAAAACUGGGAGGCAUUCAAAUCCAAAGAAUACUUCUUCCAGAAUGAAGUCUGAGGAGGACAUUCCUAGUGAUUUGUUACUCUUAAAACAAAAGGUCGCAUCCAAACUUUUGAACAGACAGUGGCAUAUGGCUUCUGAAAAGGGUAGUUAUGAAAUAAUACCAGCAAAUGGUGAAAACACAGAUAUUGAUAAGCUGACAAACAGUCCUCAAAAUCAGAAUAUCUCAACGCCUUGGGGAGCUAGCACCUCUCGCAUAAACACGACAGGGAAGCCAAGUAACCUCCCAACAUUUUCUAGAUUUAGGCAUAAAUCUCCACAUGUAAGACAGGAGGAGGAAAGCGGUGACUUUAAGAAAAGACAGUUGUUCAUCAGGACACGGAAGAAGAAGAAGAACAGGAAGUUUGCACUACACAGUCCUCUGUCUCCAAGGGGCUUUUACCAUCCGAGAAGAGAAGACCAUCCUCCACUUUUAGAUAGAAGACUACUCAAUCAUUCAUUACUACUCCACAAAUCCAAUGAAACAGCUCUUUCCACAGAUCUGAAUCAGACCUCCCCUCCAGUGAGUACUGACAGGUCACUUCCUGACUAUAAUCAGAACCCUUCAAAUGAUACUGAGCAGAUGAGCUCUUCUUUAGACCUUUUUCAGUCAGUGCCACCAGAGGAACACUCUCCAACAUUUCCUACCCAAGAUCCUAAUCAAACACACUCUACCACAGAUCCUAGCUACAGAUCCUCUCCUCCAGAGCCCAGUCAAGGGAUCGAUUAUGACCUAAGCCAUGAAUUUUAUUCUGAUGACAUUAGUCAAACAUCUUUCUUUCCAGACCAAAGUCAAAAGUCACCUCUCACUUCAGAUGAUGGCCAAGCAAUCCCUUCCUCAGACUUAAAUCUCUUUACCAUCUCUCCAGAAUUGGAUCAAACAAUUAUUUACCCAGACCUGGAUCAGUUGUUCCUUUCUCCAGAUGACAUCCAGAAGACCUCCUCCCAAGACCUGGGUCAGGUGACCCUUUCUCCAGAUGAAAACCAAGAGACCUCCUCCCAAGACCUGGGUCAGGUGACCCUUUCUCCAAAUGAAAACCAAGAGACCUCCUCCCAAGACCUGGGUCAGGUGACCCUUUCUCCAGAUGACAUCCAGGAGACCUCCUCCCAAGACCUGGGUCAGGUGACCCUUUCUCCAGAUGAAAACCAAGAGACCUCCUCCCCAGACCUGGGUCAGGUGCCCCUUACCCCAGAUGACAACCAGAAGACUUCCCCAGACCUAGGUCAGGUGCUCCUUUCUCUAGAUGACAAGCAGAAGACUUACUUCCUAGACCCAGGUCAGGUACCCAUCUCCUCAGACCAAAGCUGGGAGACCUCCUCCACUGACCUUAGCCUACUGACUCUCUCUCCGAAAUUUGGUCAGACAGUCAUUUCCCCAGACUUGGAUAAGAUGCCCCUCUCUUCAGACAACAGUCAAGUUACCCUUUCCCCAGACCUCAGCCUCUUGACCCUCUCACCAGAUUUUAAUGAGAUAAUACUAUCCCCAGACAUUGAUCAGGUGACCCUCUCUCCAGACCUCAUCCAGACAAGCCCUGCUCUUAAUCACAGGCACAAAACAUCCUCUGCAGACCCUGGUCAAGCAUCCUACCCCCCAGAUUCUGGUCAGUCUUCACCUCUUCCAGAACUGAAUCAGACUCUUCCUCAUCCAGACCUCAUUCACAUGCAGCCUCCUUUACUAUCUCCCACACCUAAUGACACUUCUUUGUCAAAGACAUUUAACCCCCUUGUUGUAGUAGGUCUCAGUAGAGUUGAUGGAGACGAUGUUGAGAUGAUUCCAAGUGAGGAGCUAGAGAGCAUUGACGAAGAUUAUCCUGAGGAUGACUAUGUAACCUACAAUGACCCCUACAAAACAGACACCAGGGCAAAUGUCAACUCCUCCAGAAACCCUGACACUAUUGCAGCAUGGUAUCUCCGUAGCUUCGGUGGGAACAAAAAAUUCUACUAUAUUGCUGCUGAAGAAAUAUCCUGGGAUUAUUCAAAAUUUGCACCAAGUGAAAUGGACAAUGAAGAAACAGACAACACUCCAAAGGACACCACAUACAAGAAAGUUGUUUUCAGAAAAUACCUUGAUAGUACUUUCACAAGCCGUGAUCCUCAGGGGGAAUAUGAGGAGCACCUUGGCAUUCUUGGCCCUGUAAUACGUGCUGAAGUGGAUGAUGUGAUCCAAGUUCGAUUUAAAAAUUUAGCAUCCAGACCAUAUUCUCUUCAUGCCCAUGGACUUUCCUAUGAAAAGUCCUCAGAGGGAAAGAAUUACGAAGAUGACUCUCCUAAAUGGUUUCAGGAAGAUGAUGCUGUCCAGCCCAAUAGCAGUUACACAUAUGUAUGGCAUGCCACUGAGCGCGCGGGACCAGAGAACCCCGGUUCUGCCUGCCGGGCUUGGGUCUACUAUUCUGCAGUGGAUGUGGAGCGAGACAUCCACUCAGGCUUGAUCGGCCCCCUUCUGAUCUGCCGGAAAGGAACACUUGACAGGGCGAGCAACCUGCCUCUGGACAUGAGAGAGUUUGUCUUGCUCUUCAUGGUCUUUGAUGAGAAGAAGAGCUGGUACUAUGAAAAGUCCAAAGGGUCAUGGAGAAUUGAAUCUCCAGAAGCGAAAAAUUCGCACGAGUUUUACGCAAUUAAUGGGAUGAUUUACAACCUGCCCGGCCUGAGAAUGUAUGAGCAAGAGUGGGUGAGGCUGUACCUGCUGAACAUGGGCGGCCCCCAAGAUAUUCACGUGGUUCACUUCCAUGGCCAGAUCCUGCUGGAUAAUAGGACCAAACAGCACCACUUAGGGGUCUGGCCCCUCUUGCCUGGUUCAUUUAAAACUCUUGAAAUGAAGGCAUCCAAGCCUGGCUGGUGGCUCCUAGACACAGCGGUUGGAGAAAACCAGAUAGCUGGCAUGCAAACACCAUUCCUUAUCAUAGACAAAGAGUGCAAGAUGCCAAUGGGUCUAAGUACUGGUGCCAUAUCUGACUCACAGAUCAAGGCUUCAGAAUAUCUGACUUAUUGGGAGCCCAGAUUAGCACGAUUAAACAAUGGCGGCUCAUAUAAUGCUUGGAGUAUAGAAAAAUCUGCAUUAGAUUUUCCCAUUAAACCUUGGAUCCAGGUGGACAUGGAGAAGGAAGUUGUAGUCACCGGGAUACAAACCCAAGGUGCUAAAUACUACCUCAAGUCUUGCUUUACCACGGAAUUCCAAGUGGCUUACAGCUCUGACCGAACCAACUGGCAGAUCUUCAGAGGGAACAGCAUGAAAAGCGUGAUGUCUUUUGCUGGCAAUUCAGAUGCCUCUACGAUAAAAGAGAAUCGAUUUGACCCACCUAUUGUGGCUAGAUACAUUAGGAUACAUCCCACGAAAUCCUAUAACAGACCCACCCUUCGGUUGGAGCUGUUGGGCUGUGAGGUGAACGGAUGCUCCACACCACUGGGCCUGGAAGAUGGAAGGAUACAAAACAAGCAAAUUACUGCAUCUUCAUUUAAAAAGUCAUGGUGGGGAAGCUACUGGGAGCCUUCCCUUGCCCGCCUGAAUGCCCAGGGCCGAGUGAAUGCCUGGCAAGCCAAGGCAAACAACAACAAGCAGUGGUUACAAAUUGAUCUGCUCAAAAUCAAGAAGGUAACGGCCAUCGUAACUCAGGGUUGCAAGUCUCUGUCCUCUGAGAUGUAUGUGAAGAGCUACAGCAUCCUGUACAGUGACCAGGGUGUCUCCUGGAAACCCUACCGGCAGAAAUCCUCCAUGGUGGACAAGAUUUUUGAAGGGAAUAGCAAUACCAAAGGGCAUAUGAAGAACUUUUUCAACCCACCUAUUAUUUCCAGAUUUAUCCGAAUCAUUCCUAAAACAUGGAACCAAAGUAUUGCACUUCGCCUGGAACUCUUCGGCUGUGACAUUUAUUAGAAUUAAAUACAAAAGAAAAAAAAAGGAAAAGAGAAUAAACACUGAAGAAACUCCUUCAGGCUUAAGUUAUUUAGAGCAGGCAAUAUAGUACUGGUAUUUUAAAUGUUAACAAACUUUCUGCUAUUUUUUCUAGUUGAGAAUAAAGUUUAUAUGAGAUGCUUUUAUAAUGUUCCUUUACCGCUGCCAUCGAGACAGCGGCUAUUAUUUUUUUCACUGAUUUGGUUAUAAAUGGGAAAAUAUUAAGACCCGGCAAGACUAUGACUGUCUUUCACUCUGAUUAAAGAUAUUAUAUAAUGUAAUAGUUAGAUAAUGAAAUGUGAUUCACUCUGGCUCUUUUAAAUCCUGUAGACAUUAGUGAAAGAGAUAUUGCUUUUGGAAACUUUUCAUGAACCCAGAAAACCUUUAUUUCUUUAUUUUUCUUUUAAAAGCAAACUGUAAUCUGUAAACAAUGGAAACAAAAAUAGUUGAGUUUUUUUUAAUACUAGGGAAAAAUAUCUUGUUGUAAUUAAGCAAGAACUUAAAAUAGCCAGGGUUGGGCUGGCUGGGUGGGCAAAAGUGCUUGCUGCCAAAACAAAACAACAGCAAACACAAAACAAAACAAAACAAAGCAAAACAAAACAAAACAAAACAAAACAAACAACCCUGGACAACCUGAGUCCCAGUCCCAAAACCCACGGUGAAAGGAGAGAACAUAUUCCAGAAAGCGGCCCUCUGACUUCUGCAUGCAGCUGUGGCACAUGCGUGCCCCCACGCCCGUGUACAAGCUAACCGUAAAUAAAAUAUUUUUAAAGCCUGUC